AUGCAACCUCUCCUUCAUAUGAUCAUCUUGUUGUUAUGGCGCAUAAGUCAAGCAGCGGCAUCAUCAUCAGAUCAAUUAGCACCAAUAGCAAAGCCUAACUGCGAAACGCAUUGCGGAGAUGUUAGCAUCCCAUACCCUUUUGGGAUUGGUCCUAGCAGCAAUUGUUACUUGUACGAUUGGUUUGAAAUUGAGUGUGGCAACUCCACCAGUCCUCCCAAGCCUUUCUUGAGGCUUGCCAAGCUAGAGGUGCUCAAUAUUUCUAUUUAUGGCACGCUUUGGGUUAACAACCCUGUUACUUUCUUCUACGGAGGAAGAGGAAUUCGCAAAGUACUGCAAAAUUUGACGGGAAGUCCUUUCGUGUACUCAUGGAGAUACAAUAGACUCACUGCAGUGAGUUGUGGCAUCUUUUUGGCGGUAAUGUUAGAUGAGACUGUUGUUGGUGGGUGCAUGUCAACUUGUGAUACGGAUCAUUUUCGUAGAAAGAAUUAUGGAUGUAUUGGUAUUAACAGUUGCCAGACUACCCUCCCUUCAAAUCUCAGUGUCAUCACCAUUGAGUUGCAGCCAGAAUCUGAAAUGGGAACGCGAAUGCAAACGCGAACAGGAACGAGAAUGGAUGACUACAACUAUGCCUUCAUUGUUGACCAAGAAUGGUUUGAGAAUAACUUAGACGUCAAGGACAAGGGCAGCGUUCCUGUGGUGCUAGAAUGGAGCUUACGCUUAGACAAUAUGAAUAGUUCGUCAGCCAAACUAUAUGAAGAAUUGAUUUAUUAUGGUACGGCUGAUGCUCUAUGCUUCUUCCACACCAGAUGGGGGCCUCUCUUCUUUCCAAUCCAAAUCAUUCUUCCUGGUCUUGGCUUGAUUCUUGGGCUUUUGCUCCUACUUAUAUAUGUGUACAAAGGUAUAUACAAAAGGAAAAAGAUUAAACGCAAGAAAAUGUUUUUCAAACGAAAUGGUGGUUUAUUGUUGGAGCAACAAUUAUCAUCAAAUAAAGGUAAUGUAGAGAAAAUCAAGUUGUUCAAAUCCAAGGAGUUAGAGAGGUCCACCCAUAAUUUUAAAAUUAAUAGAAUUCUUGGUCAUGGAGGCCAAGGUACUGUUUACAAAGGCAUGUUGGCAGAUGGAAGACUCGUUGCUGUAAAGAAGUCUAAAAUAGUGGAUGAAGGCAAACUUUCAGAAUUCAUUAAUGAGGUUGUGAUCCUUUCACAAAUUAACCACAGGAAUGUGGUUAAAAUAUUGGGAUGUUGUUUGGAGACUGAAGUUCCUAUUUUGGUUUAUGAAUUCAUACCGAACGGAACCCUUGCUGAGUAUAUCCAAGGGCAAGUUGAGGAGGUUCCACUUACAUGGGAGAUGCGGUUACGAAUUGCCACAGAAAUUGCAGGAGCUCUUUCCUACUUACAUGGUGCAGCUUCCUUUCCCAUUUUCCACAGGGACAUCAAAUCAACAAACAUACUUUUGGAUGAAAAAUACAGAGCAAAAGUUGCUGAUUUUGGAACUUCACGAUCAGUUUCCAUUGACCAAACUCACCUGACAACACUUAUUAAUGGUACAUUUGGUUACUUGGACCCGGAAUACUUCCAUUCAAAUCGAUUUACAGAUAAGAGUGAUGUGUAUAGCUUCGGAGUAGUCCUUGUUGAGCUCUUAACUGGACGAAAACCCGUUUGUGCAGUAACAGGUUCAGAAGAAGACGAAUAUAGAAGUCUUGCCACACAUUUCAUUAUUUCGAUGCAAGAAGAUUGUCUAUUUGAUAUUGUUGAGGCUCGAAUUUUGAAGGAGGGCUCUAAAACAGGGAUCAAUGAGUUUGCUAACCUUGCAGGAAGAUGCCUAAAUGUGAAUGGGAGGAAUCGUCCUACAAUGAGAGAGGUCACUACCGAGUUGGAGGCCAUCCAAAAGUCAGAAACAGCUUAUAAUGGUGCUCAACCGAACUAUGAAGGGGUGUAAUUUGUUGAAAAUGAAUCACUUGAGCAGCAGAAGAAAGUUGUUUCAAUUCAACACCGUCAGGUUCGGAUAUGUUGAUAGUAUGGAAACUUGAGUUGAAUUGGAGAAUGGAAACUUUGCAUUAGUGCUUAAAAGAUAUCUCGAGUUGGAUACUCACAUUCUAUCUUCAUCAUUACUUGAACUUCCACAAUUCUAUAUCUUCAGCUCUUGUUUAACAAAAUGUUUCUUUUAUUGCAUAUUUCAUUCUAUAUACAAGUCCAUGUUCUUUUGGCAUACAAUCUUCUUUAAAAUGCAUGUUGCUAGCAAAAAAUGCUACUAGCUUUGAAGUUAUGAAGCUCACACAAAUAAACAAGAAGCCAAAAUUUGGUUUCGUUUGGCUAAAUUAGCAUAGGACCGUUGGCUUCCUAUAUUUUGAUUUAAAUAACAUGUUUGAAAAGAAGAAGAUUCGUGUAUGGAAAAUAUGUACUUUAAACGUACAUUUGAAUCCCCUAUUAUAGGUCGAGUUUGGCAGCUACAAUUUAAAUUUUGCACAUAAUUUCCACACAAACUACUGUCAGAGAAGAUAAGUGAUUUAAUUGGUAUAUUCAUGGAAAAUCGGAAUUUAAUUCAUGCCAAUAUAUACCAAAUUAAAUGCAUAGAAUAACUCAAACAAUAUAAGAUAAGUUUUAGAAAAAUCAGAAUAUGGUUGAGUUUAAAACUUGAUUCUAUCUUUUUAAGGCAAAAUUGCCCCGUUAAAAUAUCAACCCCAGCCCAUUAACACUUUAUCAGC